AUGUCAGCAAGCUCCAGUCAUGGCCGGCCGUCGGGAGACUCGGACCGCUGGACGACUUCCUCGCACACAUACAUCGCCAGCAACUCGGGCGCCUACACCGACCACGGCGAAGGGAGCUCUUCCCCGCGGCGGAGCCAAGAUUUCAGGCCCGGCACAGGCGCGACCAACGACGCAGGGAGCUCAGCAUCGGGCAGCCUGCUGGCUAGGGACUCGGUGCACGAGGAAGACUUUGCGCGCCGGAAGCAGCGCGUUCGCAGAUCUGGCGGCUUCCUUCUAGAUUCAAACUUUCCCAGCGGGCCACGGCAGCGACAUGGCAACCACGAGGCUCACCGGGACGAGGCAAAGGGCAAGCGCACCUCGCGACACCAUGGCACACACGAGAAGGAUGCAGCCAGCUCGCCUCUGUCGCGAGAGGUACAGAGAGAUGGCCCAGGCCCUGCCCCCGGCGCAGCAUCCCGCAUUAACUUCACCGACUCCCAGGACCGACACGACGAGCGCAUACGCAUUGGCAAGACUAGGGGGAGCGCAUACAGCAUGCAGCCUCCAGCCCGUGAUCGAGACCCCUCGCCCAACACCGCGCAGCCACGGCAGGCCAUUGACCCGAACCAGCUGGUACACAUGGCGCUGAACCUGAGCGAGAGUCGAAGGCGACACAUCAGCAGUGGUCAGCUUCUGGCAUCCCAGUCACGGGUUCCCUCUGCUUCUCAGCGAGAGGGCAGCUUCUCCAACUAUGGCGCUGGCGGCAGUCUCAAGCAGUAUCUCAAUGAGCAACGGCGCACUUCACGCAACAUAUCCCCAAUGGGCGGCCAGAGCUCUCCAACCCGCCACAUGUCUACCUCCAUGCAGAGAAGCGCAUCCAUCGCAUUUCCCGGCGCGCAGAACAUCAACACGUCUCCUGCCACGAUUGCUCGAGUCGAGAAAGCGCGCGCGUACAUCGAGCUUCGCAUGGAGUAUCUGCGACUUUUGGAAUUUCUACCGCCUCUGAAACCCGAUGCUAACAACCCAGGCAACUUUGUCUUUUCCUCAAGCAGCGUCCCAGGCAGUCCCCAGGCACAGCUCACCCGCGUGCCGUCUCACGCUGGCAAACAGCACGAACUCGGCCGACCGUACAACCCUCUCCAAUACAUACGAAACCGCCGGAGCAGGGCUCGGGAGCGAGUCACGCUCGACCACUCUUCGGAAGAAUUUGACGACGUUGAGCAGGUACGCGAGUGGGUGGAUCGCGUUGAGCAGCAUGCGAAGCGAGCCGGCUACCGUCGAGACGAUGCCGUACAGCUACCCAAGAUACACCACGAUCACGAAGUGGGACCUGCCCCGAGCAAGCCUGCGAGACCUCACAAAGGCUGGAUUUUCAGCCCACAAGAGUUGCUUGCGGACGCGCACUGGCUGGAACAAGGCGACAACAAGCUGCUUGUGGAGAAUCGCUACGGCCGGAAGGUAUAUCCGCCUCCCAAAGAGGUCCAGCCAAAAGACUUCCUAUCACCGCGCGCAAGCAAAGACUACCCUGAUAACCGAAGGAAGAGCUGGAUUGAUGGCCUGCCCAGCAUCGCAGUCGAUCACACGACAGGUGACGAGAGCGACAAAGGCAGCGAACGUGGGCGCAAGCGAAGGUUGCUUCCAGCGCUGCGAACUGAUAGCCCUAGAGGCGGCAAGCAUUCUAGACGGGGUUCACGGCUGCGCAGCCACGACGAUAGCGAUAGCUCAGAGUCAGAAUCAGAUACUCGCAAACGAAAGACUCGUAUAGUCACCGACCCAGAUCACAACACCGGUCCUUUGGCUUUGCUUCUUGAGCAACAAGCGCGAGAGUCACAACCCAAGUCAACCCCUGACUUCACACCGGAUACGCCGAACAAAUGGGGGCGGAAUGAAGAGGUCACAUCAGACAGCAGGCCAUCUAGAGACUCGCUGGAAGUCCCCCGCCCUACGAACGGCUUCGCAUACAUGAAGGAGCGGCGCAACUUCAAGAUGCCACCGAAGGCUCGUACAGCUCUGUCUCUUUCCAUUGACGAUAAUGAGCCUCGUUCGUCUUUCGAUGACCAAGACAGCUCAGCUCCAAACACUCCACACGCCAAACGCUUCCCACAUAUUGGAGGCGAUCUCUCAUCACCUCCAAGUCGGUCAAACUCACAGACGAGGAAAGCGAAACGGGGCAAAUUCAACAGCAUUUUCCAUUCGCAUGACCACAGUGAUGAUCACAAACACGAAUUCCGCCCAGAAUCUGCUGGAACAGACAGGAAGGCCAGAUCUCGGCAGACCAGCGAGGAAACUCCAGACGACAAAGAAGACAAACACAUCGGAACAGCCAUCCUAGCAGCUCCAGGUGCUGUGAUGAAUCUACUCGGUCACCGCAAGAAUGAUAGUGUCAGUAGCUUGCCUAGCCCGGAUAAGCUACGUCGCAGGGACACUCAGGAGCCACAUUCAGCUGUCACAAGAUUCUUCAAGGGCGUGAAGAACGAGGGCACCAAAGUCGGUGAUAUCAUCUUCAGAAGAGACCGGGCCGACGACUCGGAUGCGGACACCGUGUCUGAUCGCAACUCUGUCGAUUUCGACGAUUAUGGCACGGUCAAAGCCAAGCACAGCAAACAGCCACCGAUGAGUCGGACCGUCACGGCAGGGACAGAUGGUAGUGUUACCAACAACGACCGCAACCAUCUUGAUCUACCUUCGUUCCGGCCAAUUCACACAAUCCCCAAUGAGGAAUCGGAUUUUGAGCAUCACAUCUCACGCCAGGCGCGAGAGCAGAAGAACAGUCGCUCUCCUAGAAUUGAUCGGCUUUUACCACCACGUAUGGACCUUGGUACUAUAUCCGGGAACUCUUCCGCAGGAGAUCUCACUCUUACUCAGAGCCACAGUCAGGAGCGGAUCAACGAAGUGCUCGCUCGGCCUGGCGGUGACAUGGUGGGCCUCCCUCCCACUGGACUCCGAAACGCACAGGGCUCGCAUAGGCGGCGUAGUGCCUCUCGGCCUGGGCUUAACGGGAGACACUGGAGCAUUGCCGACGGCGAUGACAAUGCUGCUGAUCGUAACAAAAACGCGAAUGGUGUUACCCAAGCGGACAUCGCUCGAGUGCGCGCUCUAUUCCUCUGCUCAGGCGUCAAAGCAAGGGAAAUCGACCGACGCGCGCACAGUAUAAGAGAUCCGCCUCCCGACUUCCUGAGUCGCGCUGCCGCUACAUCAAAGAUGCGACUCUACCCCGUUCCGCGCAAGGAAGAGCACGUUCUUGCUGCACGCAUGUUGGUCAAGGAUCUGGAGUCAUCCACAAAGGCAUUACAGUCCUCACUUGAAUCUUUCCGCGAUAAAGCCAUUCAGCAACUCACCAACCAGAUCUCGGCUUUGCAAUCUACGGUCGACUCUGACCUCAUGCCGCGUAUUCUAGAAAGCGGGGACCAAGCUGUGCGCAUCACGAGUGAGGUCUCCGGACAAGGCCCCCUGCAGGUCAAGCAGAUCACAGACAAGAUUGACCGCAUGAUUCGCACGCGCAAACGCAGGAUGCGCUGGAUCCGAGGAUUUGGAUGGAUGCUCGUUGAAUGGGCUCUCGUUGCACUCAUGUGGUGUCUUUGGCUCAUCGUUGUGCUCGUCGGAUCUGUCAAGAGAGUAUUUGGUAUGGGGGUUGGAGUGAUCAGAUGGCUGCUGUGGCUCUAG